UUCAACAUGGCCACUUACAUGAGAAUGCUGGGUGCUUGCAAGCAGACUUCUAAAAACGGCGCAAUCUUGUCGAGAAAUUACCCCAAUAUGCUUACAACGGGGACCGUGCGAUCUCUCCUUAGCGAGUCAUCUAACUGGACUGGACUGGUGGCCAAAAGGUCUUAUUCUACGACCGGUACGCUUCGGAAAACAUUACGCAACGCACGCUUUGGUAACGUUGUUACAUCAAUGACAAGAGCCGGGAGGCCAGCGAAGCUCAACCGAUGGACAAUGGUCACCGGGGUUUUUUCCGGGGAAAGAGAGAUUCUGGGACUCGGCUGCGGGGCUUCGGCCAGCUACAACCAGAUAAGAUUGUUUGGCAACCGAGGCAGCGGCGCUGGCUUCUCGGGGGAAGACGGGUCGGAGAGCAGCGGGUCUGGGGGAGACGAGUCGGGGGGAGAUGGAGGGACACCGUACAUCUCCCCACAGAUGACAGCUCUCACCCCCAUGCUGGUGCCUGAAGUGUUCCCCAACGUGCCACUAAUCGCCGUCAGUAGGAACCCGGUUUUCCCAAGGUUCAUCAAGAUUAUCGAGGUAAGCAGCGCCGUCUGUCAUUAGACACAAGGUCUCCCAAGGACACAUCUGGAUGAUGCAAUACUCAGAAUUAGAAAAUUCACAUAUUUUGAAUGACAGGUGUCUCUACCAGUGUCAACUUAAAGAUAAAAAAUGUAACUUUUUGGGCGACCUGACACAUAGAAAUGAGAGUUAUAAAUCAUUUUACAUUUGAGUCAUUUAGCAGAGACUUACAGGAGCAAUUAGGGUUAAAUCUGUCAUUCUCAUUGAAAGCAAUUUAAAGAUGUAGGUCUGUUCUAUGUGCGCUAUUUCUAUGCUUCCCGUUUUAAGUUUCGUUUUUUGCUUUACUUUUGUACACUACCUUCAUACAGCUGAAAAUACAAUAUUUUUGGUUUUGGGAAAAUAUAUUUCACAGCGGUUUAGAUGGUACAAUGUUUCUAUACACAAUACUUGCUUGUUUUGUCACAUAAACUGAAAUUAGGCGAACUAUUUAGAAUUUUAGCAACCAGGAAAUGGCAGAGCGAUUUCUGCAUAGUGGUUCUUACAUCUUAGUGCCUCCAAUAUACAGUGAGGGAAAAAAGUAUUUGAUCCCCUGCUGGUUUUGUACGUUUGCCCACUGACAAAGAAAUGAUCAGUCUAUAAUUUUAAUGGUAGGUUCAUUUGAAUAGUGAGAGAAAGAAUAACAACAACAAAAUCCAGAAAAACGCAUGUCAAAAAUGUUAUAAAUUGAUUUGCAUUUUAAUGAGGGAAAUAAGUAUUUGACCCCUCUGCAAAACAUGACUUAGGACUUGGUGGCAAAACCCUUGUUGGCAAUCACAGAGGUCAGACGUUUCUUGUAGUUGGCCACCAGGUUUGCACACAUCUCAGGAGGGAUUUUGUCCCACUCCUCUUUGCAGAUCUUCUCCAAGUCAUUAAGGUUUCGAGGCUGACGUUUGGCAACUCGAACCUUCAGCUUCCUACACAGAUUUUCUAUGGGAUUAAGGUCUGGAGACUGGCUAGGACACUCCAGGACCUUAAUGUGCUUCUUCUUGAGCCACUCCUUUGUUGCCUUGGCUGUGUGUUUUGGGUCAUUGUCAUGCUGGAAUACCCAUCCACAACCCUUUUUCAAUGCCCUGGCUGAGGGAAGGAGGUUCUCACCCAAGAUUUGAAGGUACAUGGCCCCGUCCAUCGUCCCUUUGAUGCGGUGAAGUUGUCCUGUCCCCUUAGCAGAAAAACACCUCCAAAGCAUAAUGUUUCCACCUCCAUGUUUGACGGUGGGGAUGGUGUUCUUGGGGUCAUAGGCAGCAUUCCUCCUCCUCCAAACACGGCGAGUUGAGUUGAUGCCAAAGACCUCGAUUUUGGUCUCAUCUGACCACAACACUUUCACCCAGUUCUCCUCUGAAUCAUUCAGAUGUUCAUUGGCAAACUUCAGACGGGCCUGUAUAUGUGCUUUCUUGAGCAGGGGGACCUUGCGGGCGCUGCAGGAUUUCAGUCCUUCACGGCGUAGUGUGUUACCAAUUGUUUUCUUGGUGACUAUGGUCCCAGCUGCCUUGAGAUCAAUGACAAGAUCCUCCCGUGUAGUUCUGGGCUGAUUCCUCACCAUUCUCAUGAUCAUUGCAACUCCACGAGGUGAGAUCUUGCAUGGAGCCCCAGGCCGAGGGAGAUUGACAGUUCUUUUGUGUUUCUUCCAUUUUGUGAAUAAUCGCACCAACUGUUGUCACCUUCUCACCAAGCUGCUUGGCGAUGGUCUUGUAGCCCAUUCCAGCCUUGUGUAGGUCUACAAUCUUGUCCCUGACAUCCUUGGAGAGCUCUUUGGUCUUGGCCAUGGUGGAGAGUUUGGAAUCUGAUUGAUUGAUUGCUUCUGUGGACAAGUGUCUUUUAUACUGGUAACAAGCUGAGAUUAGGAGCACUCCCUUUAAGAGUGUGCUCCUAAUCUCAGCUCGUUACCUGUAUAAAAGACACCUGGGAGCCAGAAACCUUUCUGAUUGAGAGGGGUCAAAUACUUAUUUCCCUCAUUAAAAUGCAAAUCAAUGUAUAACAUUUUUGACAUGAGUUUUUCUGGAUUUUUGUUGUUGUUAUUCUGUCUCUCACUGUUCAAAUAAACCUACCAUUAAAAUUAUAGACUGAUUUGUCAGUGGGCAAAACGUACAAAAUCAGCAGGGGAUCAAAUACUUUUUUCCCCUCACUGUAAGUCUUACAUGGAAUUGCAUCAUAUUCAACACUAGUACUGUAUGUGAUCAGCGUUGCUACAGAUUUUUUCGGUCUUCUACCUUUUCAGGGAAUCGUUUUCUUUUUUUGUUGAUGCAGUAUUUGCAUUUUCCAACAGAUCUUGUUGUUGUGCAAGUAAGCUAAUCAUUAAACAUGGUGGGUGGUUUGUUUUCAUUUGUAGGUGAAGAACAAGGGGCUUAUGGAUCUUCUGAGGAGAAAAGUCAGACUGGCCCAACCGUACGCUGGCGUGUUCCUGAAGAAAGAUGAUGCGUAAGGGAAAUAUUUCUUCAACUGUAAACGCUAGGACUGUGAUGCUAGCAUUAUCGCAAUAUUUUUUUCCAUGUCAAAAAUUAAAACAUGAAGCAGACCAAACUCUUUGGUUCUUUUAAAAAACCUGCUGUAUGUAAAAUAUUGUGUGCUAUAGCUUGGGAAAUAAAUACAUGUGAGUCUGGAUGACAACAUAAUGAUGUUUGUUUCCAACAUUAGGGCUGUUUUCCUAAAGAAGUGAAAUCCGCUUCGUGUUUUGUUUCCUUGCCACAAUACCAAGGAGUAUCACUAUACUGGUAUCAUCCUGGCUCUAAUAAAUGCCCUUUAGACAGAUCCUACUGGAUUUUCUCUGUUGACCACUUUUAUUUCUCUCUCUCUCUCUCUCUCUCUCUCUCUCUCUCUCUCUCUCUCUCUCUCUCUCUCUCUCUCUCUCUCUCUUCUCUCUCUGUCUCUCUGUCUCUCGGGUUCUUCAGUAAUGAGACUGAUGUGGUGGAGAGUCUGGAUGCCAUCUACAACACAGGAACUUUUGUACAGAUCCAUGAGAUGCAGGACCUUGGUGACAAGCUGAGGAUGAUUGUCAUGGGCCACAGAAGGUAGGGGGUAUAAAAAACGUACUCCGCAUGUUAUGUUACCUUUUGAUAUUUCAUCUGUACAGUAUGUGUCGUUGCCCAUUUGAAACGUACGCACUGAACAAAAUACUCCUUUCUCUCUGGUAGAAUCCGCAUCACCAAGCAGAUGGAGGUGGAGCCGGAUGAGCCUGCGUCUGAGUCUGUCUCUGCCACUGAACCAGGGAGCCAGCCCAAUGUCCCACGCCGGAAGCCCAAGAGAAAAGAGCGUAAAGAACCAGCCACCCUGGUCGAAACCAUGGAGGAGAAGGUGCAGGAGGCAGAGCUGGUGGUAGAGACACUCCCUCUGCCCUCCUCUGAUAUCCUUAUGGUGGAGGUAGACAAUGUGGUGCACCAACAGUUUGAGGUCUCAGAGGAAGUCAAGGUAGGCAUUAGGCAAAAUACAGUGCCUUCGGAAAGUAUUCAGACCCCUUGACUUUUUCCACAUUUUGUUACGUUACAGCCUUAUUCUAAAAUUGAUUAAAUAUUUUUUUUUCCUCAGCAAUCUACCCACAAUACCCCAAAAUGACAAAGCAAAAACAGGUUUGUAGAUUUUUCCCCCCAAAACGUAUUUAAAGAAAACAAAUACCUUAUUUACAUAAGUAUUCAGACCCUUUGCAAUGAGACUCGAAAUUGAGCUUAGGCGCGUCCUGUUUCCAUUGGUCAUCCUUGAGAUGUUUCUACAAGUUGAUUAUUGGAGUCCACCUGUGGUAAAUUCAAUUGUUUGGACAUGAUUUGGAAAGGCACACACCUGUCUAUAUAAGGUCCCACAGUUGACAGUGCAUGUCAGAGAAUAAAACCAAGCCAUGAGGUCGAAGGAAUUGUCCGUAGAGCUCCGAGACAGGAUUGUGUCGAGGCACAGAUCUGGGGAAGGGUACCACAACAUUUCUGCAGCAUUGAAGGUCCCCAAGAACACAGUGGCCUCCAUCAUUCUUAAAUGGAAGAAGUUUGGAACCACCAAGAUUCUUCCUAGAGCUGGCUGCCUGGCCAAACUGAGCAAUCGGGGGAGAAGGGCCUUGGUCAGGGAGGUGACCAAGAACCCGAUGGUCACUCUGACAGAGCUCCAGACUUCCUCUGUGGAGAUGGGAGAACCUUCCAGAAGGACAACCAUCUCUGCAGCACUCCACUAAUCAGGCCUUUUUGGUAGAGUGACCAGACGGAAGCCACUUCUCAGUAAAAGACACAUGACAGCCCGCUUGAAGUUUGCCAAAAGGUACCUAAAGACUCUCAGACCAUGAGAAACAAGAUUCUCUGGUCUGAUGAAACCAAGAUUGAACUCUUUGGCCUGAAUGCCAAGUGUCACGUCUGGAGGAAACCUGGCACCAUCCCUACGGUGAAGCAUGGUGGUGGCAGCAUCAUGCUGUGGGGAUUUUUUUUUCAUUUUCAGGGACUAGGAGACUGGUCAGGAUCGAGGCAAAGAUGAAUGGUGCAAAAUACAGAGAUAUCCUUGAUGAAAACCUGCUCCAGAGCACUCAGGACCUCAGACUGGGGCGAAGGUUCACCUUCCAACAGGACAACAACCCUAAGCACACAGACAAGACAACGCAGGAGUGGCUUCGGGACAUGUCCUUGAGUGGCCCAGCCAGAGCCCAGACUUGAACCCGAUCAAACAUUUUUGGAGAGAAGAAUGGGAGAAACUCCCCAAAUACAGGUGUGCCAAGCUUGUAGCGUCAUACCCAAGAAGACUCGAGGCUGUAAUCGCUGCCAAAGGUGCUUCAAAAAGUACUGAGGAAAUGGUCUGAAUACUUAUUUACAUUUGAUAUUUCCUUUAAAAAAAUAUGUUUUUAUUGCCAACAAUUUCUAAACCUGUUUUUGCUUUGUCAUUAUGGGGUAUUGUGUGUAGAUUGAUGAGGGGGAAAAAACUAUUUUAGAAUAAGGCUGUAACGUAACAAAAUGUGGAAAAAGUCAAGUUGUCUGAAUACUUUCCGAAUGCGCUGUAACAUCUCCCCUGGUUUUGGUCCAAUAUUUCCACACCACAAAGAAUUAAGUGUUUGUUUACAUUUAUAAUGUUAUAACAUUGGAGUACAACAAGCUUCUAUUUUGGUUUCUGAUGAGGUGUGACAGUUGAACUAAGCACAUGAGGCAUUUAUAAGUUAUAUUACAUUUAAAUUUUAGUCAUUUAGCAGACGCUCUUAUCCAGAGCGACUUACAGUUAGUGAGUGCAUACAUUUUCUUGAUUCUUCAUGAAUCAAUGGGUGUGUGUUUUAAUAUAUCAUUAAUUUAUAAGUCCAAAAAUGGUUGUAGCAACUGCAGAUUGCCCCUUUAACCAGGCAUUCUAGCGGGGUGUCAGUGUAGCUGUUGGGGUUUGUUUUGUUUCAUUUGAAGAAAAACAGAAGUGCAUGUGCUUUGUUUUAUGAAGGCCCUGACAGCGGAGAUCGUGAAGACCAUCCGUGACAUCAUCGCCCUUAAUCCGCUUUACAGGUAAUGAGAUCUUUCUUUACAAAUAAAUAAUUGUCCUUCAAAAAUACCUUGGAAAGUCAUGUCUCUCCCAAUGUCUAGAUGGCCCUAGUAAUGAACGCAUUAAUAGGCCAGAACUCUGUUUAUUUUUAACGACUGUGAAUGUCACUGACACUCAUUUAAAAAAAAAAAAGGUUUUACUUCAAAUGCCCACACGUUUCAGCCUCCUCCCUUUUUUUGAAUGCAUGAGGCUGUCUGUCAAAUGACUAACCUGGUAAUUGUAUCGGUCUGUAUGCAUGCAGAGAGUCUGUUCUUCAGAUGAUGCAGGCUGGGCAGAGAGUAGUGGACAACCCCAUCUAUCUGAGUGACAUGGGAGCGGCUCUCACAGGGGCCGAGUCACACGAGCUACAGGACGUCCUGGAAGAGACCAACGUAAGUGGACAGGGAUUAUCCUUACCAACAAACAUGCUCUUUACAAUCUUUUCUUUACCUUUUCUCUCCAUGGAUGUUCAAACUAGAAGAAGAAGAGAUUUCCCAUGAGUACACACAACAUGUUCAAUAUAAUAUUCUCGGUGCUUUAAUGACAACCAUUUUUCAAUAACUUUUUAACGCUCUCCUCAGAUUCCCAAACGUCUGUACAAGGCUUUGUCGCUGCUGAAGAAAGAAUAUGAGCUCAGUAAGUUGCAGCAGCGCCUCGGCAGGGAGGUAAGUGACGUCUUCCUCUUUAGACAAUUUUGAGAUGUACAGUACCUCUUCAAAACAAUUUUUUUCAUCACCUCAAGCUCUUUGCAAAAUGUAAUGACACAUUUUACAGUAAAAUGGUGACCUAAAUGAAUGGGAAAUAUGGUCCGGGCAGGCACCAAUCCAAUAUGACGACUUUGCCAUUCCUUGCACAGAAUUAAAAAAAUAUGAAAAUGAUAUAAUGAUUGUGACGUUGUAUUAUUCUCUGUGUCAGGUGGAGGAGAAGAUCAAGUUGACCCACAGGAAGUACCUCCUGCAGGAGCAGCUGAAGAUCAUUAAGAAGGAGCUGGGCCUGGAGAAGGAGGACAAGGACGCCAUAGAGGAGAAGUUCAGGGAGAGGCUGAAGGAGCGCACCGUGCCCCAGCACAUCAUGGACGUCAUCAACGAGGAGCUCAACAAACUCGGCCUGCUGGACAAUCACUCCUCAGAGUUCAAGUCAGUCCCUGAACCCCAAAUAAACCCCUAGACCAUCCCUGCCCCCUGGAUGUGGCGAUCUGAGAGGAUUGGAUAGGUGUACUGUAAGCAAUAUGGCGACAAUUCCACCUGGCCUAUCAGAGGGCAAAAUGGAACUACCACCAUAAUGCUUAAACCUAUCCAAUCCUCACAGAUCUAUAUGUAAGUGUCAUGGGGGUAGGGGAUAGGGGUUGAUUUGGGAAUCAGGGAGUGACCUCAGCGUUUGCCUCACCUUUUGAACUAUCACUCAGAAAGAGCAUCGUUUUUUGUUGUUGUAUCUGUCCUAUUUUAAACAAACCCAAAAACAAAAAAACGAUUGAACAUGGCUCUUCUAUUGAGCUGUUGGUUCUGUGUGCAGUGUGACCAGGAACUAUCUGGACUGGCUGACCUCGAUGCCCUGGGGAACUAAUAGUGAGGAGAACCUGGAACUCAAACGGGCCAAAGAGGUGCUGGAGGAAGACCAUUAUGGGAUGGACGACGUCAAGAAACGCAUUCUGGUGAGAGAAUUGCACUGUGGGAUCACCAUGGUUACAAUUUGACAGUGGAUGACAGUUGGACUUGUCGAUGUGAAAAAUCUAAUAAUCUGUUGCCAAAUAUUUCCUUAAUUAAGAAAAUUCAAAGUUUCCUCUUGACCUCACCCAUCUUCCUCUCUUUCUUCCUGCAGGAGUUUAUUGCAGUGAGCCAGCUGAGAGGCUCAACCCAGGGAAAGAUCCUGUGUUUCUAUGGCCCUCCUGGUGUAGGAAAGACCAGUAUCGCCCGCUCCAUCGCCAGAGCACUCAACCGAGAGUAUUUCCGUUUCAGUGUUGGUGGUAUGACAGAUGUCGCUGAAAUCAAAGGCCACAGGUAGGUACUGUUAGCUACUGUUAAUUGCUCAAUUAAACUAUUCUGUCCGCAUUAAAAUACUAUACAAUCCAAAGUUGAGAGUAACUAUUAUUUACGGUACUUGUGUGUUGUGUGUUUUCAGGAGAACGUAUGUGGGAGCCAUGCCUGGAAAAAUCAUUCAAUGCCUCAAGAAGACAAAGACUGAAAACCCACUGGUCCUUAUUGAUGAGGUGAAUAAAGAAACUCUAUGGAGUCAGCUCUAGCUUUAUUUGAUUGACAGAAAUGUAGUUCUGCGUUGUUUGUAUCGUUUAGUAUUCUUGGUGAAGGAGGUGAUCGACCGUUCUGUGUUUAUUCUUCCAGGUUGACAAGAUAGGUCGUGGUUACCAAGGCGACCCGUCCUCAGCUCUGCUGGAGCUCCUGGACCCGGAGCAGAACUUCAACUUCCUGGAUCACUACCUGGAUGUGCCUGUUGACCUGUCCAAGGUAGGUGGACACACCUGUUAGGUUGGACCUGAUCCUGAUCCUGGAGGGCUUCAGGGUUACGGCCCAGCACAUAAAAUGAAAAGGUCAUGUUCUUGAAUCGAACGGUUUGUGUCCUUGUGUUCUCUCCAGGUUCUGUUUAUCUGCACUGCCAAUGUGACUGACACCAUCCCAGAGCCCCUGAGAGACCGAAUGGAGAUGAUCAACGUGUCUGGAUAUGUGGCCCAGGAGAAACUAGCCAUCGCUGAGGUAAUGGGUUUUCACAUUAGAUUAAAUCGGACAGCUGUCUCGGCGCUGAGAAGACAGUCCGCAAACAUGCUUUAACAAAACAACCACCCCUUCUUAUGGCAAACAUUGAGUCAUUAACCAUGUUUUUCCAUCCAAACAUUUUUAUGCAAGUAAAGCACCUGUGAAAUAUAAAACUCAUGACAGGCCUGACAGAAACAGCAAAUUCUCGGUCAACUUUCAAACCAAAAAAAGUUUCCAAUGCCAUUUCUCGCAUUAUCUAUGUAAUCUACCCACAAUAUGAUCCACCCCUGUCGAGCAUAUUUUGGUGGUUAACAUUUUAAUGUUUUUUUUUUUUUUGCAAUAUUUGAUAGAAGUAAACUGCAGUCAUGCAAUGAUGCUAUGUCCUGUGGUCCUGUGGUCCUCCCACUAGGACGUGGAAAAGCAUGCACAGUUUAUUAGCUACAGAUGAUUCAAGUUAUGAUGAAUGUCACAGUGAGGUGGGGAUGAGUUUGACUCUCAUCUCCAAUAGAUUGGUGCGCCUUAUUCGAGUUCUAGAAAAACAUUCCUUUGUCUGAUUUAGUGUUGGUUUACUUCCUGUCUUUUAAGUGUGGGUUUUUCUUUUGUUUGCCUCUUGGGCAAAUUUUGUGGGCGUUGUCUUUUAGGUUCCAGUUGUGUUGCUAGUCAACUUUCAGUGAACACCCCCAUGAGUGUAUUUUUAAGCCUCUUUAAUUUAACCUCUUAAAACCCCCCCGUUUUGGUUCUUUGUCAGUGGCUCUCUGUUAGUUCCCCCUUCUGUUUGAGCGACCUUUUGGUUUUCUUGCUGGGGAACAUAACAAAAUAGGGGCUCGUCUGGGAUAUUGUUUCCCAUGAGUAUGGUAGUUGCUCUAGUCACCUACUCUGAAGCUCUUCUGUGCCCAGAUAUUCGAGUGUUCAAAAUGCUCUUUUGGGUAGAGUUUGUCACUGGCAUCCACCUUGAGGGGUUAGAAGAUUGGUGGAAUCAUAGAUAUUGAGGGGCUGAAUUUGUAUGCUGGUGACAUGAUGAUUGGUGCUUGGCUGCCAAUUUAACCAAUACGACCAGUAGGGGCAAAUUUGCUGUUUAUCGCAAGACUUGUGUCAAAACCGUCAACAGAGCUGAAAAUGGGACGGAAACGUUAAAUGAAAAGUUACUUUUGAAUCACGACAAGCCAGUUUGGAUUUCUGUUGGUAAAAUGCGCAUAUCUUUUUGUGCGAAUAUUAGAAUAUUACUAUAUUUAGACAAAUGGAUGGACACCUAGCUAUUGGUGGUAUCUCCAUCUCACAGUAACUCUCUGUCUCUCUCUCUGUCUCUCGCUCUCCUCUCGCUCUCUCGCUCUCUCUCUCACUCACUAACUAACAGAAGUACCUGGUACCCCAGUUGCGUACUCAGUGUGGGCUGACUGAGGAUACCACCACCAUCUCCCCAGAGGCUCUGAACCUUCUCAUCAGACAGUACUGCAGAGAGAGUGGAGUCAGGAACCUACAGAAACAAGUGGAGAAGGUCAGGCCAAACUUCACCGUCUGACUGCAUGUAUUAGUGGCUAUUCUAUAUCUAUCGCAGCCAAAGGUGCUUCAACAAAGUACUGAGUAAAGGGUCUGAAUACUUAUGAAUACUUUAUUUUUAAUACAUUUGCAAAAAUGUCUAAAAACCUGUUUUCACUUUGUCAUUAUGGGGUAUUGUGUGUAGAUUGAUGAGGGGGGGAAAAAUAUAUUUAAUCCAUUUUAGAAUAAGGCUGUAACGUAACAAAAUGUGGGGGUCUGAAUACUUUCCGAAUGCACUAUGGGGUUAAUCCUAACUUUGAAGUCUCAUUUUCACUUAUUCGAUUUAAGUUGAAAUUAGGAUUCUCCCCUAAUGAAAGGAAAUAAUUCUACUUUAGGAUGUUGCUGAUGUCUCGUAUCAUGUGUCCAGGUGUUCCGGAAAGUGGCGUUCCGUAUAGUGAGUGGGGAGGAGACGGCGGUCCAGGUUACCCCUGACAACCUGCAGGAUUACGUCGGCAAGCCCAUCUUCACUGUGGAUAGAAUGUAUGAUGUCACACCGCCUGGUGUUGUCAUGGGCCUGGCAUGGACAGCCAUGGGUAAGAACGUGGGCAGAGACGUAGAAGAGAGGUGUGUUUUACAACCAGCAUUAUGCAUAGAGAACAACACAAACGUCGCUCUGAUCUUAACCCCCUAGAGUCUUAGCCUGGGGGGUAGGGGGGGGGGGGGGUCGUGUGGGGGGUCGUAGAUCAAAACGUGUUCGUGAGAGUCUCGUCUUUCCAUAGAGGGGUAUUAUUCGAUUUUAGGCCAAACCGUUCUAACGCUACAGAUGGUUUUGUGAGAAGACAUCUUUUUGGAAUUUCUCCUGGUCUGAUAAACACUGCUGUAGCUCUGCAACCGCAGACACGCAAGGGUAACGUCGGCGGCUGCGAUGGAUCGAGACGCAGCCCAUGCAGAUAACUCUAGCUUAAACAGAUGGAUUUUGAUAGGGGAUAUUUCUUUAUUAUGCUAAUUAGAUUUUGCGGACACGUGGACAUUGACUCUGGGUUUUUAAAGUCCCCUCCAUCUUUCCUCUCCAGGUGGCACCACGCUGUUCAUCGAGACGUCCCUGAGACGGCCGCGGGACACUGGCGGUAAGGAUAAGGACGGCCCCAGGGAUGGGUCGCUGGAGAUCACAGGGCAGCUGGGAGAUGUGAUGAAGGAGAGCGCUAAGAUCGCCUGUACCUUCGCCAGGGCCUUCCUCAUGAAGCAGCAGCCGGACAACGACUUUUUCUCUGGCUCCCACCUCCAUUUGCACGUCCCUGAGGUAGGGGUGUUGUCCUUACAGACUGUAGCAGUGUUGACGUUUGUCUUGUAAACACCUGUAUCUGCACACCCCUUCUGUUAUCUGAUAUCUUUAUGCCAUAUCCAUCAAUCACCCAUUUACAGUAUUCUAUGAAAAGGGACCUUCAAUGUACACAACAUCCACUGUAUACAAGCCAAAUCGAAAGGAACAGUGUUCUGUAUAGAUUUUUAUACAUAAUCACAACGUCACGAAACAGCGUCUCCUCUCUCCCUGUAUGGCUGCUGUGGUUGUUUACAGGGUGCUACCCCCAAGGACGGGCCCAGUGCCGGCUGCACCAUCGUCACGGCCCUGCUGUCCCUGGCAACCAACACGCCAGUGCGGGAGAACGUGGCCAUGACGGGAGAGGUGUCCCUGACCGGAAAGAUCCUGCCUGUGGGAGGCAUCAAGGAGAAGACCAUUGCUGUGAGUCACGUCACUCUUAAUAACACUGUUUAGUUACCUGGGAGCUUAAGUGUGAUUGAAAAAGAGAAUGAAAUGUACUUCAAGUAGGCUGUUACUUUACAUACUAUAACAACGUAACUUAUGAGGUGAGAUACUUGAUCAACAAUGGCUUCAUAACAUACAGAAGACACCUUUGCCAUGUAUUGCUAAUUCCUGCAGAAAGCACACAGGCUACUGGAAAGACUGAUAUACAAACCAUAUGUUUUGCAUAUGAUAUUCAAGUUUAAUUUAUGGUUCAAUCUUUUCCUUCUAAAAGCAUGUUUAUAAUAAAUCAUGAGGAUACAAUGUUAGUCUGAAACUUGAAAUGACUGUGGAGUAUGGUUGUGUAUGGGGAUUUAUCUGAACUUAUAUUAUGCUGAACAAAAAUAUAAACGCAACAAUUUCAACGAUUUUACUGAGUUACAGUUCAUAUAAAGAAAUCAGUCAUUUACAUUUUAGUCAUUUAGCAGACGCUCUUAUCCACAGCGAUUUACAGGAGCAAUUAGGGUUAAGUGCCUUGCUCAAGGGCACAUCGACAGAUUUUUCACCUAGUCGGCUCGGGGAUUAGAACCAGCGACCUUUCGGUUACUGGCACAACGCUCUUAACCAUUAAGCUACCUGCCGCCCCUCAUGUCAAUUGCAGCCAUGGCUGGGCAUAGGCCCACCCACUGGGGAGCCAGGUCUGUCUGUCUAAUGACAAUCCUGUUUAAUCAGCUUCUUGAUAUGCCACACCUGUCAAGUGGAUGGAUUAUCUUGGCAAAGGAGAAACGCUCACUAACAGGAAUAUAAACACAUUUGUGCACAACAUUUUGAAGCUUUUUGUGCGUAUCGAACAUGUCUGGGAUCUUUUUAUUUCAGCUCAGGAAACAUGGGACCAACACUUUACAUGUUGCGUUUUUAUAUUUUUGUUCAGUAGUUUUAGUAGCAGUCUCCUCGUGCAUUUUGAACAUUCCUCCCUUCUCUCCAUCUUUCCCCAGGCGAAGCGUGCCGGUGUGACCUGCAUGAUCUUACCGGCAGAGAACAAGAAGGACUUCUCUGACCUGCCAGAGUUCAUCACGGAGGGCCUGGAGGUUCACUUUGUGGAUCAUUACAGCAAGAUGUACCCCAUCGUCUUUCCACAACACUGAAUCAUGACGCUAUGAAACAGACACUGGCACCUAAGCUGCCAGCACUGUUGGGGGUCAAUUCAGGAAGAACACUGAAAUUCCCAAUUAUCUUCAAUGAGGAAGAUGUUGAAUUGGAAUUUGGUUUACUUUUAUGUAUUGAAUGGAAUUCACCCCAACCCCCGAUGGACACAACUGGUUAGAUUCACAUUGAAGGACUUUGUCAUCACUGAACUAUGAAAGCAGAUUUUUCUGAUCAGUUGUUUUAUUUGGUCGUACAUUCACCCGCUGUUAAAAGCACCACAACUAACAGUGUGAGACAGCUGUGUCACGAGGAGAGUUGUAUACAAGUCCCCUGUAGCUCAGUUGGUA